GAUAUUAGAGACGAUUACAUUCUUGGUGAUAUAAUUGGUCAUGGUGGAUUCUCGAAAGUAUAUGAAGCAUAUAAAAUGCCACGUAAUGAGCGAUUCGCUAUUAAAUGCUAUGCUAAAGCUAUACUUAAAGAUAAAAGGCACAUUGUAGAAGAGGAAAUUAACAUUAUGAAAAAAUUACAACAUCCUAACAUUGUGCAGUACUUUGAUUAUUACGAGAGUCAAAGGCAUUAUUACUUAGUACUGGAAUAUAUUGAUGGCGGAGAACUAUUUGACCGAAUCCUUUAUAAUGGACACUACUCGGAGAAAGAUUCCAAUCGUUUAACCUUACAAAUUUUGAGUGCUAUCGAUUAUUUACAUUCAUUGAAUAUUGUUCAUCGUGACUUGAAACCGGAGAAUUUGCUUUGCUACGGGACUGAAGAUGAUUCAAAAAUUAUGAUAAGCGAUUUUGGUUUGGCGGCAAUUGAUAGUGACUCAAAUUUAACUGGCUUUUAUGGAUCUCCUAACUACUUGGCUCCAGAGAUAGUAAAAAAUGAGAAAUAUGGUAGGGCAGUGGACUUAUGGUCUUUGGGAGUUAUCGUGUUUACCCUCUUUAGUGGUGUCCUACCAUUUGAUGCUUCCAACAAAGAUGACUUGUACAAUAAGAUCAAAAGAGGAGAUUUCGAUUUUAAUUCUCCACGAUGGAAUACGACAUCGAAAGAUGCUAAAGACUUUAUCCGACAGCUAUUACAGGUCGACCCAAAACAAAGGAUAUCAUGUAAGCAGGCCCUUGUACAUCGAUGG